UCCAUUGAGAAGAAUGGUCAAGUACUGGCGUUGCAACGAGAAUAUCAGAAGAGUGUUUCAUCGACUGUUCUACCGAGCACACCAACAAAGCUGGUCAAGCCUGACGUUCCCACCUCAUCGCAAACUUAUCUGCCUCCGUGUCGGAAACGAAAGCACUUCAAUGCAUCGGCAAUGUCUUUGUCAAAAUCGUCCGUGAACAUUACCAGCAAAACGUCGAAAAUUACAAACGAGUCGUACACACUGUCUACAGAAACGCAUGAAUCCAUCUUAUCCAAAAGUGAUUUGAUAAACAACGUGAUAUCUCAAAACGUUGAAGUCAGCUCGCAAGUUCCGCCAGUCAAAACAGUUAAAGCUGCUUACACUGGAUCACCAGCAUAUGUUCCUUUGAUACGCAAUGGACGGAAUUCCUCGCGAAACGCCACUACCUACACUUCAGGCAGAGUUUUUCAAUAUGUUGCAGACAAAGUAAAGUCUAAGAGUUCAUUGUCAAUAAAACAGUCUAAUCACACGAGUCGUCAAGUGACAUCGACGCAAGUAAAAUAUCAGGAAAACACAUUUGAAACUCCGUCACCGAGUAUUCCGUCAACCUCACUGUCCACCUCAACGACCACUCCGAAUGCUCUCGGAUCAUCAAGAAGCUACUAUGCCCAAUCGGAAACGAGAAAAGAACAGCAACAGACCGUUACAAAUGCGCAGUCAGUAUCUGAAUCGAGAUCGUCGGUCAGCUCCACUGAUUACCGAUCAAAUUCCAGCAUUUGGUCGAUACAAACCCAACGAAACGACGGCUCUCAACAGACCGAUACGUUCACACAGCAAACUAAAAUGAUCAGUUCAUCGCAAACGCCGGCGGCAUCAGUUGCGAAGAACAAUUCGAUUUCAGUUCAUAGUAAACAGAAUAGAAUUGAUAAUUCAGAAUUUUCAUCAAGAAAUGAAAAAACAGUCGUAGACAUGGCCACUCAUGAUGGAGAGGACGAAUAUAGUGAAGAAAUUGAGUAUGAAUUGGAGAGCAGUGAAGAGAAUAGUCCCACUGGACCAGGUGGAAGAUCGUCAACGGCUACACGAUCUGCUGGCAAGUUUUGCAUGAUAUUAGCCGCUGAACUGUUUUCCUUUCCGAAUUCUACACGUUUUUGUUGUGCACAAGUUUUCUCGUCAGCAAUCAGGAAUAUCGUUUGUUCCGAUAAAAUCAAUCCGCCUGGCUUCGGACCACCUAAGGGAGCUCUUGCAGUCCAAUCAUCAACUGUACCCACUACAACUCCUCCUCCUGACACACCUAGCAACCCAAUCACAUAUUCUGAAAGCAGUACAAGUUAUCCAGUGACUACAUCGGUAUCUGCCACAGUUCCUGCAUCUGCCUCCACACCAUCUCCAACCUCUGUGAGAACAAGCACUUCACCUCAACCCCCUCCUGAGGGUACUGUCCAACCUUUGGAACCUCAAGGACCGCUUCCAUCUGGUGCAAGCUCAUUACCCGCUACUACUGUACCCCCAUCUGAAGUUCACCGUCCGUCAGCAUUGAGCGUCCAGCCACGGACAGCCGUUGCAGCAUCGUUUCAAAACAAUUCCGGCUUGCCACUACCACCCGCACCUCAGCCAGAAACUCCGGCACCCGUACAAAUUCCAGCUUCACAGGUACCCCUCCAACCACUGAACCCCACAGAAGGAUUAACAGAACAAUCGUUGAUGUUGUCAGGUGGAAGCGCUUUACAAACAAAUCAAAUUACUUAUCAGAGCACUUCUGACGGUUCUUCAAAUUCCAACAGCUUGUCGCCUUCACCCUCAGUUCCAGAAUAUGGAGUUAGUUGA